AUGGUCGAUUUCCUCGACAAGGCCUCUGAGCUUGCCGCUGGUGCGUGCCUUCCCGUCCUUUCAGCGUCGAGAGCGGCGUUGCUAACAUUCUAUAUGCGCACCACACCUCCAGAUACGAUUGGCAGCCUGUUCAAGCCAAAGUACAGCAAGCUAGGCUUCCCCUUGCUCAAUUCCGACCCUGUGCUGGAUGCCGCGAGAUGGGCUGGCUUCGAAGUGGUGGAGUACGAUCUGCCACCUUAUCCUCUGCGCACAGCAGGCAUCAUCGCCAUCCGCAUGAUGAGCUUCAUGUUCUUCACCAGCUUCGUCGCUCGCUUGCUCUACUACCACGUCGCUACCAAGAGCCAGGUGCUCAGAUACGGCUGCGUGGGCGGCUUGAGCGCUGUUCUUCUCGCUUGGCCCAUCGUGACUGGCAUGAGCGGCUGCAUGAUGCUCGACUUUUGGCGUCCAGUGAGUGGCAGGCUCAUUCCUUUGUGGGGAGGGCUAGUUGUAUAACAAGGGCAGCGCACGUUUCGGAGCGCGGAAAGCAGUUCGAGGGCCUAUCCGCAGACUGGCUUCCAAUGGGUCAAAGUACGGCACGGAUGAGGAGGAGCAUGCGCCUCUUUGUGCCCGCAUCACUUUUUCCGUCGGAGGGCCGUAAUGCUUACCACGUGCUACUUUCCCGUCCUCAGGCUCUUGGUUUCCGUUCCUCCCUUUGUAAGUGUCGAUGCAGGUCCGACAUGCCUGCUUGGAGGCCGCCGGUGCUUGUGCAGACUGCUCACACGUCUCUCAUCCUACCCUUUUCCAGUGGUGUACGACAUUUUUGUGAUUCGGACUCGCCAAGAGAUUGACAGCUGGAACUUUGCUCGAUUCUUCUGCGGCCUCUGGGCAUUCCCAAAGUAGGUGAUGUGUCUCUGCGUGCCCAGCAUGUGAAUCCAGAGCUGAACACGUUGCGCAACCCGUCUUGCUACAGAGAGGAGGAUGACAUCGAGGAGCGCACCAAAGCUGAAGGUUUCAAGAGAAAUGCGCGCAUUGAGAAUGCAAAGGGAUACCCAAAGGUGCUGGUGGAGGGAAUCAUCUUCCUCCUGACGCUUUACAUCAUUCCCCCUUACGAAAUCGCCAAGGAUCUCCCUCAGCUGAAGUACCAUCUCUACUGCGAUGCUCUGGGCGUCUCGAUCCUCAUGGCAUUGGCUCUUUUCGGAGAUGGGUUGCUCAAGGGUCUCGGUAUCAUCUUCAACGUUGAGAUGCAAGACAUGUUCGAGAGCCCCCUUUCGACCAUCAACAUCCGUCUCUUCUGGUCGCACUGGAAUCGUGCAAUUGCCUCCGUCUUCCAUCGGGUCAUCUUUGGCGGCCACAAGAACAAAAAGGUGUCGAGUAACGGGCCUACCAAGUCGCAGCAGAUUGCGGCAAGCAAACGUGUCCGCGAGCUUGCUCAAGCCAAGCGCAAGACGUACGACCACCUCUCAGAGACAGAAGCUGAGCACAGCAAGACUGACGACGAGGAGCAUGAGCGUCGCGUGAAGAAGAACGGACUCAAGAUGACCUCCACGAAACCGGCGCAGCCCCAAGCCAAGCCUGCGAAGCGCUCACCCUUCCUUCCAAAGGCCGUUGCAGCGGUGGUCACAUUUGCUGCUAGCGGCAUCUUCCACGAGCACAUUACGUAUAGCACAAUGGGCCAGGCGGAUGGCAUGAACUUUCUUUUCUUUGUGUUGAACGGCCUUGCGACAGUGGCCAGCACGUGGUUCAGACGUACCUACCCAGAUAUCAACAACAAGAUUCCGACCAUCGUUGCCGUGCUCCUCCUCCACUCCUUUUUCCUUGCUGUCGUGCCCUUGUUCUGCAACAUCUUUAUCAAGACGGGCUUCUUCAUCCAGAUGGAGGCCCUCAAGUACGAGAUUCUGCCGAUCAAUUUCAAGACUCGAGGCAGCUUCAUCUACAUCUUUGGAAAAUGA